AUACAGGGAGAGAUCAACAGACGGCCGGCCGGAACAUGCUCGCUCGUCGGGACUCGGGAGUACCGACGAAUCCUCGCCGCUUGCCGAUCAGAAGUCGCGACGAGCUCACCUAAUAUUCCACCUCUCCCCAGAGGCCACCCAACCUACCACAUGGCUGUAUGUAUAAUACUGUACUCCACUGCAGCAGAAGCGAGGUGCUCGUGAAGUCGACGUGAUAUCCAGUCCAGUGGCCGAUCCGUGAUCCGUGUUGGAGAGAGCGAGGGAGAGAAGAUGCGGCCGCGGCUGGUGCUCUUCGGCGACUCAAUCACCGAGCAGUCCUUUGCCUCCGGCGGCUGGGGCGCCGCCCUCGCGGAGCACUUCGCGAGGCAGGCGGAUGUGGUGCUGCGCGGGCUCAGCGGGUACAACACGCGCUGGGCGCUGAAGGUGCUGGACAGAGCCAUGGAGGGGGCGGCCGACGGAGGCGCGGACCCGGCGGCGGUGACGGUGUUCUUCGGCGCCAACGACGCCACCCUGCCCGACCAGGCGCAGGCGCACCAGAACGUCCCGCUCGGGGAGUACCAGGACAACCUACGCGCGAUUUGCGCCUACUUCAAGAAUAAGUGGCCCUCCGCUGCCGUCAUACUCAUCACCCCUCCACCGAUCCACGAGCCGGCAAGGAUUCGAGACAUAUAUGGAGAUAAUGACCCUUCAAGACAGCCUGAAAGAACCAAUGAAGCUGCUGGCACUUAUGCACAGGCGUGCAUAGCUGUUGCUAAAGAAUUGGGUCAUCCAGUUAUAGACAUCUGGACGCUGAUGCAGCAAUUUCCUGAUUGGCAAACAUCUGCAUUAAGUGACGGGCUACAUUUCACCCCGUCCGGGAACAAAAUUUUGUUCGACGAGGUGCUGAAGACACUGGAAAGUGUUGGUUUCAGCCAGCACAGUCUCCGGUCCGAUCUCCCUCUCUUCCAUGAAAUUGACCCCAAGGACCCGCUGAAAGCCUUUGAAAUUUGAAGAAGGUAUUCGCCGCAUGGUUCUGAAAACAAGCUAUGCUUGGUUUGGUGACUGAUGUGCUCUGUAACAUAGAUAUAUUGUGCUGAUGAUCUAUGUCAGCAAUGCUCGUGACUUGUUUUGAAGAUGUUGCAUGUAUUGAAGGCAAGUGAAAAUGAGGGAAAAAAUAAAUGGACUUCUUCUGCUGUUCGUUUCUUACGGUGCAGAUUGUUCUGCAAACUGGAUUGUGAUACUAGCACUGCAGGACUGUUUUUUCUUUUCUUUCAGAGGAAACUGAUGCUAUAUGAAUUUUUAUCAAUUCUAUAUGAAUUUGAGGGAACUGAUGCUAUUGCGAA